UCCGUGCAAAUACAACUUUUCAGAGCCGGCGGGCGAUAACUUGAUAAGAGCGCCCAGACCCAAAAAAACGCAAACUCAGAUUCAUAGAUCUCAGCAUGUGAUAUCCCAAUUCAGUUUGCAAGUUGGGACUUGAAAAGCCCUAGAUUAUGAAAACCAGUCAAACCAUUCAGCAUUCACCAAACACGCUGCCGUUUAAUUCAUUUUCUCUCUAAAUGCUCUAGCAUUUUCUUUCCCCGGCUGUAAACGACGCCCCCGUUGCAAGUUUUGCUAUAUCUUCCUCCGCCAGGACCUCCAUCAAAUCAGGUUUUAUGGAUUCUUAUACUUGUACCCAUGAAAUGGGGAAAAGCCAUGACUCAUCCCAAAAGUCCACGCAAAGUUUGGAUGAAACUUGUAGUGAAGAAGCUGAUAAGGCAAAAAUUGAGCUAUCUCUUGGGCCUAUCACUCCUGAUGCAAACAAAGAAAAUGGGGAUUUUCUCUUGGAUCUUAGUUCUCCGUUCACUAUGGUGACAAAACUGCCUAAAGUACUUACCUUUGAUUCUAAAACCAACAGAAAUCAGGAUCAAUUCCCCAAUGUUCACAAUUCUAGCAGCCCCAAAACACCUAAAGAUGGUGUUUUUGACCCAUUUGCUCCCAGUCAAGAUGACAAAGUCUUCGCUCCCCAGUCUAAGAAAUACUUUGAUGAAGCAAGGAUCAGUGUUGCACGAAGACUCAACUUUGGAACUUCCCUCAAGGGUUUGGGCCAUACAAGUCCUGGUGAUGGAGUGGAGUCCAUUUUAGAUGAGGAGAUGUUCAAAUCAGUCUAUGAAAAUCUCUUGGAGGCUAUUAUUUGUGAGCAAACAGAAAGUGCUUUUGCUGAACUAUCAAAUAUGGAAUGGGAUUCUGAUGCUUGCAGAACACCUCCCUCAGCUCCUCGACUAAAUCAAGUUGCUGAAACUUGCCCAGGUGCUCCGUUGAAACCAACUGGUAAAUCAAGGCUUAUUGAUUUGGGAUUAUGCAGAAAGAUUGAAUUCUGAUGGUGGGCCUUACCUGUGAUGUUGAAAAUGUGACACUACCCUGCCAACUAGUUUUGCAAGCGUGCAUUAUGUAUUAGUUAAAGCUCUAACUUUUGUGACUCUCGAGUUUAACUUGUGUGCCUUAGAGAUCUAAUUUAGACAGGGGAAAUUGCUGUCUGACCAAGAUUACAGUGUACUAGUAGCAUUGUAAAGGAAUUGUUGAUGCUUUAUUAAUUUCCUUGGAAAUCAUCAAGUGUUUCUUUUCUCAGACAGCAACAAGAUCAGUUCAUUGUUUAUGUGCAUCUUUGUGUAAUCAUAGUGUUAGCUUCUACAUUCGUGGAAUCAUAAUGUUAGCUUCUACAUUCGUGAA